UCGCGCAACACGCACUUGGAUCAUAUCUAUCGUUAUUGUUCUAUCACACAUACACUCAGUUUUUGCUUUUAUUAUUCUAUCCGUGUUGUGUUCGCUCUUUCUCUCUCCCUCUCUCUCCCCGUACUUCGGCCUCUCUCGCAUUCACAGUGGACUCCAUCCUCCGAUAUGACCUCUGCCGCGGGAUUCUUUUGUCUUCCAGAUUAUGUUUCCAUCCCGACGAUAGAAAACUCUUCCUCCAAUUCUGUCACUUCACUCUUUUUACCUGAAAAAUUCCUAAAGACGUGACUCGUGUACAUAACUUAAAAAAUAUAUGUGUGAGUGUAUAUAUCCAUAUAGAAAAAAAAAGUUGAAGGUGUAUAAUAUACACACACACACACACACAAAUGCAUCCUUCUACAAACGCGCACACAUACAAACGUUAUCAAGGUUAUAAUAUGCCUCGAAACCAAAAAGAUAAAUACGAUAACAAUGGCUCAAGUAGACGUAUGCAUUCAUAUAUGUCACCAGAAGACCUGGCGGCCGGGAAAAAGUCUCUGUGGACAGAGAUGGAGAUAACAGGGACAAUUCGCAAUCUAAGCCCGAACCUCUUCAAGUUGACCAAUCUCACUGCACUCUACCUCAAGAAUAACCUUUUACUUCGUUUACCAUCUGACAUUAGCACACUCACCAAUCUGAGGAGUCUAGAUAUAACAAAUAACAAAUUGCGGACGCUACCUGCUGAAAUUGGAGAUCUUAUUAACCUCAGGGAGUUGUUGUUGAGCCACAAUAAUCUUCGGAUGCUGCCCUAUGAGAUGGGGAAACUGUUCAAUUUGAUGGUGCUGGGCUUGCAAGGAAAUCCUCUAAAUAAGGACAUUAUGUCGAUAUACACUGAACCCAAUGGAACAUCAAAGUUGCUUACCUUUAUGUUGGACAAUCUGCAAGUUACAACGCCUGCUCCGCCGCAGAGGCCAUGGAUUCCUCUAACUAGGCCCACCAGAGACCAUCCCACCUGUCUGUUCACGGUGAUGUGCUACAACGUGCUCUGCGACAAGUACGCCACCCGACAGAUGUACAGCUACUGCCCAAGUUGGGCGCUUAGUUGGGAUUACCGGAAGAAGGGUAUCAUGGACGAGAUCCGGCACUAUGCGGCAGAUAUCAUCAACCUGCAGGAGGUGGAGAUGGAUCAGUUCUACAACUACUUCCUGCCGGAGCUCAAAAACGAGGGCUACGCGGGCAUUUACUCGCCGAAGUCACGAGCCAAAACCAUGGCUGAGAACGAGCGGAAAUACGUCGAUGGAUGCGCAAUAUUCUAUAGAGUGUCAAAGUUUACGCUGAUAAAGGAGCACCUGGUUGAGUUCAAUCAGUUGGCGAUGGCCAAUGCCGACGGGCUGGAACACAUGCUCAAUAGGGUCAUGCCCAAGGACAACAUUGGUUUGGCCGCCCUUUUGCAAACAACGGAAGCCGCGUGGGAAAAUGUUCCGGACAAUAUGACCAUGCCUGCUCAACCUGUGCUGGUGUGUACCGCGCACAUCCAUUGGGAUCCAGAGUUUUGCGACGUAAAGCUCAUCCAGACGAUGAUGUUGAGUAGUGAAUUACGUUCUAUUUUAGAGGAGUCGGCGCACACGUUGCGGGUCGCCAAUGAAAACAUGAAUUUGGAUGCGAGUAGCAUUCAGCUUGUUCUGAGUGGCGAUUUCAAUUCCUUGCCGGAAUCUGGUGUCAUCGAAUUUCUAAACAGGGGCCAAGUCUCACAGGACCAUAAGGACUUUAAAGACUUUAGUUACAAAUCGUGUCUAGAGAAGAUAUCCGGCUGUGAUAAACCCAACGAGUUCACACAUUCCUUCAAGCUAGCGUCCGCAUAUAGUGCCGAUAUUAUGCCCUACACCAAUUACACAUUUGAUUUUAAAGGUAUAAUAGAUUACAUAUUUUAUUCGAAACAAACGAUGACGCCGUUAGGUUUGUUGGGUCCACACAACGCGGAUUGGUUGCGGGAUAGCAAGAUUGCAGGAUGCCCACACCCCCAUAUAUACUCCGAUCACUUUCCGCUCCUGGUCGAGCUGGAGAUGGAGUCGACGGUGGGACCCCCGCAACAGCAGCAGAUAAACGGAAUCAUAAGCCAUAGUAACCGGCUCCGCAGGUAGCGACCGAUUAUGACCUAUGACGACGAUGACGACUACACGACUACUACCAACAACAACAAUAGCAAUUAGCCAUUGUCGCCUUGCUGUCUUGUACCUGGCCCCAUCGAGAAGAAGAAAACAAACAAAAAACAUGAUAAAUGUAAUACUAAGUAACAUCUGCGACGACGACGACAGAUCAAUACUUCAAUUCAAUCAGUCCGAAAUCACUUCAGUUUCUUUUAUGAGUUUAUAUGUAUAUCCAAAAUUAAUUAUCUUCAUUAUUAUCACACCAUACAAUUUUGGCUCACGUGGUACCUGACAUAUUGAUGAUGAUCCCAUUACAAUGAAAACAAAGCAAACAAACAAACAAAAAAUAAUAAUACUAAUAACCAGAACACAUUAUAAUAAUAAGAAGACUAAUUAUUAAGACGAAUUUGGUGAAGAAGGAUAAGAAGUUAAGAGGACGAAGAUAAGAGAAUUAAAAGCAUGGAGAACCUCACAGACACAAAACAAUUACUUAAGAAAAAGUUGAAUUAAAAAUAAAAAUAAUAACAAACAAAACUAACAAAUAGACUUUCCUGCCGGUAUUAAGCUAUGCGCACACAAAUUAUAUAAGGAAAAGAGUUAUGUACAGUUACUUUGAAUACGAUGAACCCGAAAGUACGACAGACGCGUUAUUUUUGUAAAAAAAGAAGAGAUGCAAUCCAGAUGAUAAAAAAAAUAAUAUAUAUAUAUAGAAUAAUACGGACUACUAUCGUGUCUACAUUCGCAGAGUAUUUAAAUGAAAUUAAUUGAAUAAAUGAAUGAUCGAAGGGGGAUAACGAACGGGCGUUUGGAGCGCCGCGAUUAGAUACAAAAAAAAACAAAUAUGGACAAAAGAGAGAGGAAACUAAAUGAAGAAGUAUUAUAUAAAUAUAUCAAGUGCAAGAAUAUUUUAAUAAGAAACUGUUUAAAUAAUUACAAAAAAAAAUUAUAAAAAAAUUAUAAAUAUAAAGCAAUGCGAAUAUUGUGUAUAUAUAUAGGAGAUAUGUAUAUGAGAAGAAUGGCAUGCAUCAUCAUAAUCAUCAGACAAAACAAAACUUUUCGUUUCCCUCAUCUUCAAUCUCUCUCUCGCACCUUGUUUUUACAUGACAUAUGCAUAUAUAAAUAUUAUUGUUAAUUAGGUUUCUGUUGUGUAUAUUGUUCCGUGUUGGUGUCAACGUUUCGAGGGAACGGUGUCAUUUUGGAUCAUCGUCUCAAGACUACGAAAUUAAGGAAUCGAUCCAUCGGCAUACAAAAGAAACAAAAGAACUGCGCCGUUCCUUCGCACCAUCUUGUACCUUUUACUUCUUUGUAUACAUAUAUAAUUAGCGAUUAUUUUAGCGAAUUGACGAGGAAUAUUUAUUAAAGCCAUUCGAGGAGAAUACUUCUUACUAUAUUAAUUUUAUUUUUGUUUCUCGAUUUGUAAUAAUAUUAUAACUAUAUAAAUAAUGUGUAUAUUGUUUAAUUAGCGCGUAUAUAAAUAUGUACAUAAGGGUAUAAUCACUUACGACCUGGAUAGAUCGAUUUAUUAUUUUCUAUUUUUUUUUUCGUUUUAGUUUAUUAUUUUUAUUCGCUUGCGUCCCGUAACUUAAUUUUAAUUGUUACUUUGCGUGCGUUUGCCUUCGUUUGUAAUUAAUUUCGUUCGAUUCACGUGAUAAUUUGUGAUAGAUUCUCUUCCCGGUUGCGUUUUAAUAAAUGUUUCGAACUCGAGUCUUAAUCUCUGUAAAGCGAUUAUAUUAUAAUAUAUAUACAUAUUUGUUAGUAUCCGCUCUCUCACCUCUACAUUAUUUAUAUAUAUAUAUAUAUGCAUAUACAUAUGUAUGUUUAUUUUUCUGUACAUUUACUUUUAAUUCGUGCGCAUAUCUGAGUUUUUUUUUGUUUGUCUUUUAGUUUGUAUAAUUUGUGCAAAAAGAAACCUAAGAUUCGAGUCAUUUGUAGCAUAAACAUUUGUAAAUUAGUUUUAUUUCUGCUGUUAGUAUCAUCAUCAUACUUGUUGUUUUUAACUGCGGUGAGGUUUCACUUCGAGACUCUAGGUAAACAAAUUUCCGACUUCGCAUAGCAAAAUACUCAGUUUUAAUUAUGUUUAACCCCAUUCGCAGUGUAGGCGAUGAACGAACGUUGCUGCUUUUUUUUUAAUUUUAUUUCAUCCAUUUACAUGUUAUUAUCUUUUAUUAUUAUACUCUUUUUUUUCUUUCAAUGGCAUAUUGUAUGUGCGUAAUGAUUAAAAGGAAAAGAACAAAAAUGCAAUUUAAUCAACUUUUUUAAUUUCCAAUCUUUCUUCUACUUAGAUUUUCGUAUUUCUACAAAUAGUCUUUAUAUUUGCAGAUAAUUUUCGUUUUCAGUUUUUAACUUAUUCGUUUCGUUCUUUCAGUCUUUGCUUCGCUUAUCCGUGUGUGUGUAUGUAUGCAUGUGUGAAUGCGUUUUAUGUUGCAACAAAAAGUCCUUCUCGUGUGCAUGCGAAUGAUGGCCUAAAGGGAAUCGAUUUCACCGUUUCAACAAUGUUUGUCUGUGUUUUCCGCUCCACCCGCUCCAAAUCAAGAGUAAUACAAUAUGGAACAACGAUUAUCGGUUUAGUUAAUGUUAGGUACUUAAAAAAGAGGGGAAGAGGGAAUGUGCGAAAAUAAAAAUAUCUCAAGUUUAGAACCCUAGACGCUUCCUCAUUUUUUCGACAAAAUUCUGCGCAAUACGUCGCGAGGCAGGGAUUCAAUAUUCACAGUUUCUUACCUUUUUAUGUCGAUUUUAGGGAUGGUGUUGUGUUGUUUAGUUAUUAAUUGUUUAUUAAGAUCUCAUAUGUUUCCUUUGUAAGUUUUAUCCCACUUUUAUCAAUCUUUUUGGACAAGCCGGAAGCCCAUCCACUCUAAUCGGAUUGAAACCUGUGUUUUCGGGUCCAUUCGAGCCGAUGGUCGUCCUGGCCCUAUUUUAUUAUUACAUUUUUGUUUCAGUAGUGCUUGUUAUGGUAACGGACAAUGGUUUUUAUUUUCACUUAUUAAUAUUUUUUUUAUUAUACAAUAAUUAAGUUAAUUGUAGAUGUUCUACAGAUAUUUAUGUACCAUAGGAUGAGAAAAAAUACAGAAAUAAAAAAAUUAAGAAUAAA